ACAGAUAUCAAUUCUUCUAUUUUCCACUAGGUAACCCAACAGUACAUUUGUGCAUUUUGCUCGGGCAUGAGGUGCUCCAGAACCCCUGCCAGUCACUUCCUUCGUUCGCAAAAGCAAUAGCGUUGCAAGGCUGUUGAUAGUGCUGAUCCGGUGGACCACAGCCGAUUUGACUGCCAAAAGCAGAAACAGAUCCUCACCAAACAAGCUCCAACAGAUUGUAACUCUGGCCAAUCAUUAUCAACAAGCGCCGGGAAAGCGGUUCACCCUUGCUUCGAUCUACCAUGAAUUGAUUCACUCGACACGCAGUUGUAGAGUAAUACAGUAACAAUCAUUUACUUUCUUCGAAAAUCGUGAACGCCGCCAUGCCGCCUUUGAAAAGAACAAGCUCAUGCACAGACAUUGGCUUUACUCUUCGUCGCCAAUUUCACAAGGAAGAUUUCAGGCCUCACCAGCGUGAAAUCAUCGAAGCUGCUCUCGACGGCUUUGACGUUUACGUCCAAGCAGCCACGUCCUUUGGUAAGAGUCUUUGCUUUCAGCUACCAGCAGUCAUCGACCAAGGCAUUACCAUAGUUGUUUCCCCUCUCUUGAGUUUAAUGAUCAACCAAGUUGAAGCCCUAAAAGCCUCCGGUAUCGAAGCCAACUUUUACAGCAGCAUAACUCCUUAUGAUGAUCGGCGUCGCAUUGAGCGCGAUCUGGAGAGCGGGCAUCCAAGGACCAGGCUAUUGUAUGUCACGCCCGAGUUAUGUUCUGGCUCACGGUUUCGCGAACGGCUGCAGCUAGUCUACAAGCAAAAGGAGUUUGCACGUAUCGCCAUUGACGAAGCUCAUUGUGUGUCAGAAUGGGGCCAUGACUUUCGAAAAGACUUCAAACGUCUAUCUUGGUUUCGAGACACUUUCCCAGAUGUACCAAUAAUGUGUCUCACUGCUACGGCAAACCCGCAGGUUCGCCAAGACGUACUGUCUAUUUUGAAACUCGAUCAAACUCCAGAAAGAACAAGAGAGUUUUUGAUGAACCCUCAACGUCAAAACUUGCAUCUUGAAAUUCGGUACACCAAGGACGAAGAAGAUAACCGCCUACAGGAUUUUCUACGAUGGAUUAACGCUGUUUACGACCGUCGUAAACAUGGUGAGAGAAAGGCAGAACUCGAACAGGUGAAUGAAAGAGUCGAAAGUGUCCCUGGGAUUAUAUACACUAUAUCUCGGGAUGAAUGCGAGUCCCUGGCAGCCUCCCUUCGUUCAGAAGGCAUUGGGGCCAUGCCUUUUCAUGCCAGGCUCACCAAGGAAGUCAAAGAAGAAACACUCGCCCGGUGGAUAAAUAACGAGUCUGGGUACGAUAUCAUUGUUGCCACGACCGCCUUCGGCAUGGGUAUUGACAAGAAUAACGUGCGUUUUGUUGUUCACUGGCGUAUUCCCAAGUCUUUCGAAGGCUACUACCAAGAAGCUGGCCGUGCUGGUCGAGAUGGCAAUGCAAGCUAUUGCUUUCUUUACUACAGCCGAGAAGACCUGGAGCGCGUCACGAGAUUGAUCAGAUCCGAUGCCAAAGCUGAGACGAAUCAGAUCGCCAGACUCAAGAGUUUGCAGGCGUUGGCUCAAUACUGCGAAGACACUGAUAAGUGUCGACAUGCUGCCAUAUGCAAAUACUUCGGAGAAUCCAGCACGCCAGACUGCGACUUUGCUUGUGAUUGGCACAAGGAUCCCCAAGAACUUGAGAUGAGAUUUAUGAGGGGCUUAGCAAGUGAAGAAUGGGUGAGCACGCAGGCGAUGCAGGGCACUUAUGAUGAUGGGUAUUAUGACGAGUAACGAAAAUGACAUCUCACAAGUGUUAUUCCCUGACAAUUUACACGAGUUUAGUAUGUGAUGUGUCGAUUUUGAUAUUAGUCCAUAACUGGCCACUGAGAUUGGCCGUCUUUACUAACAGUUGGGAAACCGAGAAGGUCGGAUAUGU